UUUGUUCAGACAUCCCUCGUGUUAGCCAUGGAUCACCCAAUAUACUAUCCGAAGUCAGAGUAUAUCGAGACAGACACGGGUAACAAGGUCUCCCGUCGCGCGACCAUUGCGGGCCCUCAGAACAUCAUCCUGGGUGGCAAGACCAUCAUCGCAAACGGCGCAAUAAUCCGCGGUGAUCUACGUCGGACAGGCCCCGGACAUGCCGUUGUCAUAUCGCUGGGGAGAUACUGCCUGGUCGGGGAGGGCUGCAUCAUGAGGCCGCCGUACAAGACGUACCGCGGAAACUUCAACUACUACCCUAUGAAGGUCGGCGACCACGUGCACAUCGGCGCGAACACUGUCGUCGAGGCCGCGCAGAUCGGGAGCCAUGUCGAGAUUGGGAAGAAUUGUGUCAUCGGAAAGUUCACCAUUAUAAAAGACUGCGCGAAGAUCGCAGACAACACCGUCAUUCCUCCGAAUACAGUCAUCCCUGCAUUGUCGUCGUUUGCGGGCUCUCCAGGGCGUUUUGUUGAAGAUAUGCCAGAGUCUACGCAGGAGAUGGUGGAGGCAAUGACCAAGUCUUACUAUUCGCGAUUCCAACCAGACCCAGGUUCUGCGGCAACGCAGCAACGAUGAACGUUGCUAGUCUUGAACAUCCUGCUGUCGUACUCGGCCAUAUACCCUGCAUUGAUGAUACCUCUUGCCCCUGGUUACUACAAUGUGAUAAACUUGUCUCUCAUUGCGACUCGCGAUCCAGCGGUGUCUGCAUUGCUGGGUGUCAGGAAUCUUUAGGAAACCAGGAUUACAUUUGUACGCUUGUGAUAUUCCUACAUGAAUUGGCUCGUAUCGACAACAUUGAAGAGUAGAAGCUUGUGGCAAAAGUGAAGCCUUCCUGCAGAAGGUAGCACGCGGCGAAUUAGUACAUCUCGAGACUCAUGCCGUCGUGAAUUUCAUAGUCGGCAAGUGUGAUGUGAUCCUUGUAGAUCGUGUACCUAUGCACCAGUGAGCAGCCGACGCCACAGGUGCGUGAU